CUCCAGGUCUGUGACAGCAGCCAGAGCGGAGAGAGCGGAUAUACCGCGGACAAACGCGCGUCUUUCCCAGCAGUCGUUCCUCCGUAUCAGGGUAAGUUAUGUGAUGGGUGUUGGAGCGGAGCCCGGAGCGGGGUGAUGAUGAAGACAGGGAAGUUCGGUUUUCACUUCCAGACGACGCUCGGCGGGGAAUAAAGGGGGACGUCGCUUUUUUUCGGAGAGGGAUUACUUUGACUGUUAGAAUAACUCUGGUUCUUCUUGUUUCUGCACUGACGUGUGGUUGUAAUUAUGCUCGAGCUCACCUUCGGAUCGUACAUGUUGCCCGGCUGAUGCGGUGGCUGCCUCUGGCUCGCGCUUCUUCUAUGCCCAUAUUCGGCUCUAUCUGAGUAGGCAGUUAACAGGACGCUCCACGUCCAGGUCAACCGACCAUCUAAUGUGACGAGCCUCACUGUGACAUGGAAAAAACGGGCCUCUUCAGCCUCCUUUAUUACUUCAUUCUCAAUUCGCCCUUCAUGCACUGUGCGAAUGCUGCAUUUACUGAAGUCCCUAAAGAUGUGAGUGUGGGGGAGGGAGAUGAUGUAGAGAUGCCCUGUGCCUUCAAGGCGGUCAGCUCAGCGCCCAUGUCUCUGGAGAUCCAAUGGUGGUACCUGAAGGAGGAUGUACCUAAAGAACUGCCUCAUGAGUUGCAGAUCAGUGCUCCAGCCAACAGCGCCAAGGUCACUCCAAGAGAAGCCACUAAAAUAAGUACAUUGAGGAACAUCUCCGCAUCAGGCAGCUCCGUGGACUGGGAGACCCCAACAUCUGGGGGCUGUAUUGAUUUCCAGUUUGGGACUGGGGGGGUGAUGUCUCCCCAGUGA